AUGGCUGUUGUAGACCCGCUCCCUCCCGGUGAUAUUGAUGGGUAUACGGCUAGCAAGCGGGCGAGAGAGAAUACUCGGCCAUCCAACGUCAUGGCACAUCUUUUGCAUUUUUCAAAAGAAUUUCUUGCGGUCCCGGAUCUGUCUGGUGUUGAAGGUUCUUUCGACCUCAUCCCAUGCGGCACAGCAGCUUCUUCGAUUGUACGGGGUGUACUAGGACUUGCGUAUGGUGUCAGAAGAAUUCGCUUCUCGCAUCUCGGUGGUUCGAAGCAAGUUGCUGUACACAAUCUUCGUGAAGUGUUCAUCGAAGAGCUGGGCAGUCGCGAAGGGAAUAUAGGUCUGAAGGAGUGGCUGGACCUAGCUCGUCAGGCCGGUAUGGGCAGCGAAAUGAUUCACAUUUUCGAGGAGGUCGGGGAGCAUGUGAAGAGUCUUGUCUUUCCUGAGGUCGAGCGGAGUCGGGAUCUAGUGUAG